AUGCGGGUCAGGAGCAAAGAUUGGUGGGAGCGAGUGGUGCUAAAGGAAUUUAGCGACGAGGAGUGGAAAGAGAACUUUCGAAUGAGCCGCAGAACCUUCGACAAGUUAUGUGGAUUGAUGUCAUGCGUUCUGAAACCCGAGGACGUGACUGUUCGGGCACCGGUGCCGCUUCAGAUGAGGGUGGCCAUUGUUCUUUACAAGCUGGCCAGUUGUUCCGAGUACAGGGUUGUGGCAAACCAGUUCGGCGUGAGCAAGUCUACUGUGAAAAAGUUUGUGUACAUUUUUUGCAAAGGAAUGGUGUCGUCAGUCCUCCAGAAAAUUAUCGUGGUUCCCACUGCAGAGGAAGCCAGCGCCAUUGCACGUCGGUUCGAGCAAAAGUUCCACAUCCCCCAGAUAAUCGGUUGCAUCGACGGCACCCACAUUCCUGUUUUACCACCAAGUGAAGGCUACAAGGACUUUGUUAAUCGAAAAGGAUGGCCUUCCUAUGUCCUCCAAGCUGUGGUGGACGACACGUAUCGGUUUUGGAACAUAAGCUGCAAACUGCCUGGAAGUGCCCACGACGCAAACGUUCUUAGGCACUCGGCGUUGUUCAGCCAUGCAGAUCAGCUACCUAAAGGCCUAAGGGAAAUCAACGGUGUUGCUAUCAACCAUUUCCUUCUGGGAGAUCCGGCUUAUCCUUUAAUGGAGUGGCUGAUCAAGGGGUACACCCAUUCCCCACGCAUCACCCCUGAGCAGGAGUCAUUUAAUGUCUACUUAAGCUCUGCAAGGACCACUGUCGAGAUCGCCUUUGGGAGACUGAAGUCACGCUGGCGAGUUUUGCUCAAGCGAAGUGAUUUUCAUUUUACAUUCACCCCUCAUGUGAUAGCUACAUGUUGUGCGUUGCAUAACCUGUGUGAAGAUGAGAAGGACAGUGUAAACCCCACCUGGACCGAUGAGGCUGCUGCUUUAGCCGCCGACCUACCACAACCUGGUGCCCGUGCCCACAACACAGACACAGCAGGUGGUCAGAACAUCAGGGAGGUGCUUACAGAUUAUUUGAGCACAAACUUCCCUCUGCGCAGACCUUUGUUUUAG